GGGAAAGGCUUAGGGCAGAAGCCGUGCCGGAUUCUGCGUGCAGGGCAGCAGCAGUCUCAGGGUCCAUACCCGCUCCCCAGCCCUGUUCCAGAGGUCGGGGCUGUGGGGCAGGAGUUGCCUGAGAUCUCUUCUCCCUUGUAGAAGUGUUCUCUGGAAGAUGCUGUUCUGGUCCCAGCCUUUCUCCCUGUGAGCUGCUGGGGAGAGACUGCACAUGGAUACAAAGGAGGAGGUCUCAGAGAAACCAAAGCCUGCUCCCAGUGCAGAGAAAUUUGGCUGGAUAAAGAAAAGCAGUGGAGGACUCCUGGGACUGUGGAAGGAUCGCUACGUUCAGCUGCGGAAAACACAACUUGUGGUCUAUGAGGAUGAGGAUGAGCAGAAAUGCAUAGAAACAGUGGAACUGGAGAGUUAUGACAAGUGCCAGGAACUGCGUGCACUACUAAAAAAGAAAAACCGUUUCAUUUUAAUCCGCUCCCCGGGUAAGAAGGUUCAUGAUAUCAAAUUUCAAGCUCCAACUUCGGAAGAAAAGGAAUCAUGGAUAAAAGCCCUGAAUGAGGGCAUCAAUAGAGGCAAAAACAAAAUAUUUGAUGAGGUGAAAGUAGAUGAGAGCCUUUCCUUGGACCACGUAACUCGGGACAGAGUGAAAGUGGCCCACGGUCGCAGGCCGCCCACAAGAAGCCACCUCAAGGAGGCUGCCAAGUCUACAUCAGAUGGUAUCCUGCGAUUAGAUCUGGAUAUAGUAGACAAUGGACCACCAAACUUUGACUCCACUGUCAGCGAAAAUGAGAAUCCACCACCUCAAAAAGAAACUCCAAAGCCACCUAUGCCACCUACAAAACCUUCUGGUACAAAAGAAAACCAUGAUGCAGAGAACAGUGUUUCUGAUCAGGAACAUAAGAUGUCCCCUCCGUUGCCUCCAGAUAAGAAGCUUAAGGAAGGCUUAGCAUCAAAGGACAAUGCAAAUGCCAGGGAAGAGGACUGUGUAAGCAGAGAGGAGAGUGUGGAAGAAUCUAGCACACCAGGUGAGGAGAACACAGAUCAGCUUGUUGAGAUCAGCAACAAGGGCACAGCAAAAGCUCCAAUUCCUCUUCCUAAGAGUGUGCCAGACAAGCUAAAAGUUGCUUGGGACCAACCAGUCCUUGAGCCUAAAAAUGCAAACGACUUGGAAUCAUCAGGAGAUAGUAGCAAAGGCAGCCUUGCUGCAAUUGCUACCUCAGAUGUUGCAAAGCCUCCUGUUCCUCCUCCUAAGGUUCUAUCAGAAAAAAUGAUAGCCACUAUGAACUCUGGUCACAGUGAUCUGGAAGAUGGGGGUUUGGAAGAACUGAGGUCUGGCAGUUCCAAGUCCCCGGUGAAUGGCAUUGAAGAUGGUGAAGCAGCAGAGUCAGCAUCCCAAACAGCUGAAACUGAAGAAGGAAAUGGGAGAACCUCAACUGAGAGGGAACAGCAAACUUCAGCAGAACAGAGAGAGAGUUCCCUAGCUACAGAGUCAGGCCAUGAGAGCGUAAAAGGAACUAUUGAGAAAAAAAUAUCUGUAGAAACCCCUGCAGCUCUGAAACUUCGCAGUUCUUCUCUGGGAGACUUGUUGUCUGAUUCCAAAAGUACACAGAGAGCACUUCCACACCAAGGUCUCGCUGAGGAUUCCCAUUACUGCUUAGCUAAAAUGGAGAAGAAAGUUGCUAACGAACGGGAGAAGGCAGAAAAACUUCUGCAGAAGGUUUUACGGGAAGGGUUGGAGCAGGCCCAGGAGGGCAAUGGACCCCCGGUGGUGGCAGAGACAUUACUCAAUGAGGCUGUAGAACAACUUCGGCAAGCUACACAAGUCUUGCAAGAAAUUAAAAGUCUUGGAGAACUGAAAAAAGAAGCAACACAGAAACAGAAAGAAAAGCAAAAGGAUCUAGUGACUCUUUAUAGGAGAAGUGCGCCCUGACACACUCUUCAAAGAGACUUCUUUUUCAGAAUUCAAAGCUAAACUUUUGCCAUUUAUGAUUUGUACUAUUGCUAGGCCAGUGUUCAAAAGGUGGUGUUUUGCUGUGCAUGCACCAUGUAUAUGGAACAGAAUUGAGCUUUCAGUUAUAGCCUCUCUCUCUUUCUUCACGCUGUACAUACAUACUAGUCCAGCUCUGAUCCCUUUAGCACAGCAGAACGUUACAAGACAUUGAACAGUUUGAAAAUGUGAACAUUCUUUAUGGACUUGAUCCAAAGUCCUUUCGAGUGAAUGGAUCAGUCCUUAACAAUUUCUGAUAGUCAAACCAAGUUCAAUUUUUGAAGGAAGCAGAAUGGUUAUUCUAGCAAAAGCCCCUGCCUAUCUGUAUUCACAAGCAGACACCAGAUUACACUGGCACAUAUCUGGUCUUCCCAUUUAAUUCAUUUAAGGAUAAACGUAGUCAGAGAAAACUUUGUUUAUACAUUUGCUGGCAAGGUUUCCUGGAGCACCUGGCCCAGUGACAUCUAGGAAUGUAAGGAUAAAUGGUUUCAACUUCUCUGAAGACACGCAUAAAACUACCUUCACAGUUAAAAAGUGACUUCACACAGAGGGCAAGCAAAACUGGCCAGCUCCUGCCUAAAAGAAAUGUCCUCAGAUCUAGCACAUCUGCAUGAAGGCACUCUUCUGAGUCCAGCUGGCAGAGCUGUAGGUGUGCUAAGCGCUGUGUAAGUGAAUGCAAGUCUCAAUGCAUCACUGCCAGGCAAGUAUUAAUUGUUCCGGUUCCAUUAAUAUAGAAACUGAGGCAACAAUGCAAAGCAGGUUACCCUUGGCCUUUGAAGAAGUGUGUUGUAGCAUCACAACACGUUUAUUUGUAAGGACUGUACUCAUCCAGUAACUCUGAAUGCCAUCAGGGUUGGGAACAAUUAGCCAGAUGUUUGGAGAGCUUGUGUCCAGGAGAUGCCCUGGGGCAGCUUGUCCAUAAGAAGCUCAUUUUCUAAGGAUAUGCAUUCCCUUAGCUGUUGGCUCUCUGCUGUGGGAUGUUAACUGACAGGAACAUGCACAUCAGGCAGCCGGACCGGAUGGGAUCCCCCUUCCUAUUUAACAUGAUUCUACCUGCUGUGUUCUGGCCAGCCUGAGAGCCAUGGUUUGGCACAAACACCUGUAAUUGGAGUACAGAGGGAAAGGCAUUUUGUGUGCACAACUUUGGGGCUGGUCCCUGUGGCUUAAGUUUAUUAAAAUGAAAAUACACUGCUGCAGAAGGCUCUGAAGAAGGCAUUACAAGAAGGCUCUGGCACAAUUCCCACAGCUUCCCCACCCACCUGCUGAAAGCAGUCCCAGUUCCCGUGGUCUCUAGUGAUUAACAUUGUGAUAAAAUCAUGUCUGUACUGCUGCUGCAUAGCACCGUACCUGAGCUGGGUCCCCUCACCUAUUCUCUAUGGUAUUUGCUCUCAGGGGAAUCAUUUGACACCAUGAAGGGCUUCUCCUUUGAUUAAGGCAGGCUCUGGAAGCACAGAAAACGACAAUCUUCCCUGACUGGUUUUAAGGAGUGACAUGCUACCUUAGCUCUUCUCUCAUUUGUCAGCACUGCACUCUGCUCUCCCAUUUCCAUUUCUUCCAUUUUCUUUGUAUAAUUUCCCAGGUUCCACAAGGCUGCAGUGGGCUGCAAACUCCUCCCUUUGCAGCAGCCCAGUAAAGCUUUGUCUGCAUCUCUUCUUAGCCUUGCCAAUGGGCUCAUGUGUCUGAGCACAGAAAUAUCAUCUUUGGGCUUCCAAAUGUCCCAUUUUUCACCACCCAGAGCCUCUUUUGAUUAAAACAGCCAUGGUGGCCUGUCCCCCUUUCUUGAGCUGUAGGCAUUGCAUGGAAAAUCACUUGUCAUUCUCUCACACGGGGGGUUCUACAUGGUCAAACACUCAGGGCUCAGGUGCCACAAAAGCUUUGCUGUGAGACAAAAAGAUUCCUAUGUCCUAAGCCCACUGCCAAGCACGCAGCCCGGAGCAAACUCUGGGUCUGUGUAAUUUGCUGCUGUACACUGAAUGUGAACUGUGGGUUUUGCUUUCAAAUAUUCUUAGGACAAGGGCUAAUAAUACAGAAAAUAUUCAGUGCCUAUCUGCUAUCUAAAUGUAUUUUUCUGCAUGUGCACUUUUGUUUACCGAACACUGUGUGGUAUAAAUGUGAGCUGUCAGAACCUGGUGCGCACUGGAAGUCGAGGGACAUCAGCUUCAGAGAGCAGGCAGGCAUUUGAAGGAUGCAGUUUUGUAUUAAGUGAUAAACUAGAUGAGGAAAAGAAGUUCACACUACCAGGAAGACACAAAACCACGGCAAUCUCUUGGUACGGGUCCAGACCCCAAAGUGGAAGUUGGUCCUAAACUCCAGGAUGGGCAAAUCAAAGCCUGGAACUGAAAGCCCAUGAGAAUGGAAAUAGCCUAUGGAACAGCUGCACCACCCAAAAUACAUACAGAUGCUUUUGCUCUCACAGGUGUUUCUUGUGGCAGUGUGUUCUGUGGAUACCCAUCUGGCAAAGUACUGAUGAAGAUACUGAGACAUCCUUAACUGUUACAGCCAAACCUACAGGAUGUGCUUAUAUUUACUGUAUAUUUUUAUAUAAUACCGAAUAUUCUAAUGAAUAAAUGUCUGACAUUUUACUGAAUACCCAUCAGUAGAAUUCUUAACAGAACAAACCUCUAUUUGUAAGGAAAUGGGCAUGUUAAAUCAUUUUACAGGCUACAGCUAAUUACUGUUUUUACUGUACUAACAGAACUUACUAGAUGGAAUCUCCAUAGCACCCAGUAACUCUACUGCUGAAAACAUUAUGAUAGAGACUUUUUAACUACUUUUGCUCAUAGGGUUAGCAGUUUCAUCCUAAAAUACCUAGCUUGGCCAUAAGCAUGAUUCACCCAGACUUUACAAGAAACAACAUCAUAUUGCUUCUGCAGUUUUCCCACUUGUUCUCCUAAUUCUGGUCCUAAGCUGGGCUCUCCCUAAAGGAGGAGGGUGAGUUACCCUGUAACUACCCAAGAAGCCUUCUGGAGUGCUUCUUGCUCCUCUGCAAAUGGCAGUGCUGGUCACAGUCAGAGAUUGGAUCCUGCUCUGUUCAGCUUUUGUUCUGAACUCCUGCAGCAACUCCUUUUAUCAGUGUACAUCAUGCACUUUUUUUUUUUUUUUUUUUUUUUGCUCCUCUUAAACUUACCCUUCUAAUUUCUGACUACACUAAGAUUUCUUUCUAGUGCCUAAAAGCCCUGUGGGCAUGAAGUGCUGGGGUGCAAUUCUGUGUUUCAGGCUGUGCCACUAGGUUACAUUUGUGACAGGAAGGAAGUGAGCUUGCAAGCAAGCAAAUGUGGAUGGCUAUCUCAAAAGCAGCCGCUGCAUCCAGCGGAAAGGCAGCACUUUGUCUCCUCCUUGUAAAGAGCUUUGAGAUUUGGCAAUAAACCCCCUUUUAAAUAUCAA